AUGCAACGGCCAAUAACCGUUGCAAAAGAAAGGAUAACCGUUGCCAUAGAGAUAUUGCAACGGUUUAACAACCUUUGCAGUUGCUGCCGUUGCUUUAGGUGUAAUGCAACGGUUCCACCAAGAUAUUGCAACGGCUUGCCAAAAAGCGCCAAAUACGGCUUAAUACUAGGAGCAGGAAUACCAGGACUUGUAUGCAUUGUUGGUCUGACACUCUACAUCAGCAGCAGGGUCAUUGCACGUAAUCAGAAUCGCCUUUACUCAUACACUGAAUCCUCACCUUCAAUAUUCCCACAACCAAUUACCCUAUCAUCAGGCCUCGAUCUUCCCACCAUAGAAUCAAACCCAAAAACCAUACUAGGAGAAAGUAAGCGACUCCCAAAGCCUAAUGAUAACAUCUGCUCUAUAUGCUUGUCAGAGUAUCAGCCUAAAGAGGCUUUGAGGUCUAUACCAGAAUGUAAUCACUACUUCCAUGUUGAUUGCAUAGAUGAAUGUCUUAGAAUGAAUACCACCCUGUCCUCUUUGUAG